AUGAGUGAUACGGCGAGAACUGAGCUCAUUAAGUGGGCUAUGGGUUACGUUGCUUGUGCCGAGAGGCUGGAGUCUUGGUGGGUGCCUCCUCCCACCACUGUUAAAUGGCUUAUCAUCAGCAACUCUCAGGAUUUGAAGGCAAUUUUAAAACUCAUAUACCCUGACAAGGUGGUGGUAUCAGACAUUGUCCCGAUGCAUGUCAACAACCUUAUGCUUGAUGCUGCUGAUCCGUCAGACUCAUCACCACCCCCUUCAGCACAAGCUACUCACACCAGACAAGCAUCGGUAUAUACUGGCGCUAUCACAGAGUGGCUCCUUUUGGCAGCUUCUGACAUUCUAGUUAUAUCUAUGUCUGGAUUCUCUCACACAGCAGCGUUUUUCUCGCAUCGCCUAAAUGCUGUCCAUAACCUGGAUACCUGUGACCCAGAGGUCCCCAUGGAAACAUACGCCUUAGGACGCAUGUGGAGUGGAGUGUAA